AUGCUCAGCGCCCAGUGCCUCUCACGCGCCACUGCUCGAGCCCCGCAUGUCCCGCGAACAUGCAGAAACAUCGCGACCCGGCCACAGCGCCCCCAAGUACGAGCGGCGACACACCCCUAUGCCCAGCGGCGACAGCAGCAUUUCAUCCGCUCCCUAGCCACCGUCACUGCGCUCUGGGCAGCGGCCUCGGCCUUCCAAUACGUCAACGGCAACAUGGUCGGCGAGGUACAUGCCGAAGAGCACAAGGACGAGGAGGAAGUCAUGCAGUUUGAGGCGCCGCGACGCAAGCCAAAGUCGACCGACGACAACCGGAACAUCAUCAGCUCGCAGCACCUGCAAGUACAGAGGAGCUGGGAGAACCCUGGAGUCUACGCGUGGGGCUCCAACGCGGGAAAGACGGUGGCACCAGACUCGGACGAGAAGUACAUCAAGACACCGCGACGCAUAAAAUACUUCGACGGCAAGCUCCUGCGCGACAUCAAGCUGGACAGGAACUUUGGCGCGGCCAUCGACGACAAGGGCGAUCUGUUGCAGUGGGGGGUGGACUUCUCGAAAGAGGCGAGCGAGCCCACAAAAACACUGCGUGGCAAGGGCCUCACCUCGCUGGCUAUUUCGCGCGAUCGCAUCAUCGCUCUCUCGUCCAACGGCGCCGUGUACUCGAUACCCGUCUCGCAGACAGAGCAGAAGGAAGGGCCCAAGCCCGCAUCCACCUCCUGGAUCCCCUUCUGGGGCGGCUCGAACGAUGUCUCCUACCGCAUACGUACACCUGAGAACUUGGCAUGGAGCGAGAAGGUCGUCGACGUCAAGUCCGGCCUCGAACACGCCCUUCUCCUCACCUCUGCUGGGCGAGUAUACUCGUUGGCAUCAGGUACACAGAACUUUCCCGCCAAGGGCCAGCUCGGUAUUCCCGGCCUGACCUGGGAGUCCAGGCCUCAGGGCGCUUUCGACCUCCCACACGAGAUCACAACGCUGAAGGGUUUCCCCAUCUCCAAGAUCGCAACCGGUGACUACCACAGCCUCGUUUGCGAUUCUGCAGGCCGUGCCUUCUCUUUUGGUGACAACACCUCUGGUCAACUUGGUUUCCCCUUCAACUCCGAAGCGCUCUCGGUCGACGCGCCCUCCCUGCUCCCCACACAGAAACUCUACGCCGGCACCGCUCAGCAAGGCAAGAUCACCAACGUCUUCGCCGGCGGCAACACAUCAUACCUCACUGUUGAGGCCAGCAAGCCCAACGAGAGCCGCGUUACAGCCGACACCUUCGCCUUUGGCCACGGCUUGACCGGCCAGCUCGGUGUCGGCCGCUGGAUCCACACCCAAGCCGAUCCCACCAAGAUCCCCGCCUUCUCUGGGCUGUUCGAGUGGGAUGAAGUUGCCAACACUGCCAUCCCCAUCAAGCUUCACAACAUCUCCGUCGGCGCAACGCACGCCGCAGCCGUCAUGGACAACGUCGCAUCCGUUGUCACCGCAGGCAAAUCCAAGAAGCUGACAGAGAAUGACACGAACUGGGGGCGCGACAUCCUGUUCUGGGGCAACAACGAGUUUUACCAGAUUGGCAGCGGGAAGCGAAGCAACGUUGCGACACCUACCUAUAUUCAGCCCCUCGACCAGCAGGCCGAGAACGAGCGCGCAGCGAGCGUGAGCAUGGUAGGCAAGCUGAGGGAGAAGGAAAUGCACCGGUUCCAGAUCAGCCCGAGAGCGAAAGUAAAGGUCAACGGUAGGACGGUGGAAAUUGAGCAGAAAGUCGAAUGUGGACGGGGCGUGACUGCUGUCUACUCGGCUGUCUAA